UGGCUGGCAGAGACUAGCGUAAACACUCCGUAAAUACAUAAACGAAGAAUUUUGACGAUAAGAAAAUAAAUUUCUUGAAGCCAUAAUUCGCUACUCAAUAACUAGAGACGUCUUCAGGCUAGUUUUUCUUCUUUCGACAUGGCAGAUUUCGAUGCUAUUUAUGAAGAGGAAGAAGAACACGAUCAGAAUUUAGAGGAACAGUACGUCACUCUUGUGCCUGAUCCCAUUGUCAUUCGCGGUGCUGGUAACAUGACAGUAUUCGGACUCAGCAAUAGAUUCGAAACGGAAUUUCCCAACGGAUUGGUGUCACGGGUAGCGCCAGAAGAAUUCAAGGCAACUGUGAUAAGAGUGAAUAGCGUACUGAAGAAAACAUUGCCAGUUAAUGUUAAAUGGCUGUUUUGUGGCUGCGUUUGUUGCUGCUGUACUCUAGGCUGUUCGUUAUGGCCAGUUGUUUGCCUCAGUAAAAGGACACAACAUUCUUUAAACAAAUUGUUGGAGUGGGAGAAUAGCAGACUAUAUCACAAAUUAGGGUUGCAUUGGCGACUCACCAAACAGAGAUGCGAUAGUUCAUCGAUGAUGGAAUACGUUCUCUUGGUCGAAUUUGUUCCAAAGAUACAAAUAUACAGGCCUGAUUAAAGAGUAUGAUAUUCGCGAAUUUUGUCUCCGUAUAGAAUAGAAAUAAUGAAAACGCGUAUAUACUGUUAAAAGUAGGCAUGAAUAACUCAAAAUCACAACACUAAGGUCAAGAGUGACGUUGCGCGAGGUGAUAACUCACAAAAUUGAUAGAUAUUUUUGUAAAUACCAAUAUACAUAGACAUAAUAUACAGUACAAGAGCGAAUAGGAACUUUAAACUAACUAACGAUGACUAAUACUUUAUAAGAACGCCGAAUUUAAGAUACAGUGAGAGAGAAAAUGAAUGAAUAAGUCCAGAUCAUUUGUUAUUUUCACAAUUUUGUUAGUUUCAGUAAAGUUCACAAACUGUUGUAAAGCAAUGCUUGAAGAUUCAUUUUAAUAAGUACAACGAAAACCCCAUGAGUACGUAAUUUAAAAUCAUUGAAAUAAUUAAGACGAUGGCGAUAAUCAUAAUAAUACCUAAGUUACAAAAAAAUAUUUUACAUUUUUUUUUACCCACAUUUGAUAUGUAGGCUAGUUUCGUACAUCCAUUAAAUUAGCGCGCAUAAAUUUUCAACUUUUGUUCAUACGCGAAGUGUU